CUAGACAAAGAAGAAGCAAUAUUAGUAGUUGAUUACAAGAUGAAAAUACUUCCUAAAAGUACUAGAGAGACAAAACAAGAAUUUUUUGGAAAAAAAGGAUGGAUCUUGCACACUGUUUUAGUAUAUACUUAUCCAUCAGAUAGUGGUCAGUUACAAGUAACUGCGUAUGAUUAUUGGUCAGCCGAUAUGCAUCAAGACGCAUGGUUUACAGCUUCUUCAUUACAUACUAUA